AUGCAUCUCUUAGUAACCUUUUUAUUGAUAUCGGUUCCUGGGACAUUGAGCAGCAACCAGCCACGUCAGAUCUUUCAAGUCCUGGAGGAACAGCCCCUAGAGACCUAUGUAGGUACCAUAAGCACCAAACCAGGAUUCACUUACCGGCUGAGUGAAUCCCAUGCCCUUUUUAGAAUUAAUUCAUCUUCUGGAUCAAUCUACACCACCUCUGUCAUAGAUAGGGAAAGUCUUGCCAGUGAUGUCAUCAACUUGGUGGUCCUGUCCAGUCAGCCAACAUACCCAACUGAAGUUCGCAUAACAGUCCUGGACAUCAAUGACAAUUCUCCUGUGUUUCCUGAACCGUCCAUUGUGGUGUCAUUUAAAGAGGACACGCAAGGAGGAAGGCAGGUUAUCUUAGACACAGCCACAGAUGCAGAUGCUGGUACUAAUGGGGUAGAUCAUCGAUCUUAUCGUAUUGUGUCAGGGAACCAGGAUGGUCGCUUCAAAUUAGGCAUUACAGUCAACCCUAGUGGAGAUGGUGCCUUCCUCCAUUUAAUGUCCCAGGGGCCACUAGAUAGAGAGACAACUCCAUGUUAUUAUUUGAUUGUAGAAGUGGAAGACAAAGGGUCACCCAAAAGUGUGGGCCACUUACGAGUAAAUGUUACUGUGCAAGAUAUCAAUGACAACCCACCUGUAUUUAGCAUUUCUCAGUAUCAGGCUAAGAUUGAAGAAGAUGCCCCUGUAGGCUCAAGUGUUCUGAAAGUAGAGGCUACCGACAGGGAUGAGGGAGAUAAUGCUGCUAUUAUGUAUCAAUUAGCAGAAGGGACUCCUUUUCAGAUUGAUCCAGAAAGUGGGCUUGUUACUAUCAGGGAGCCAUUGGAUUAUGAAAGUCGACGGCAGUAUACCCUUAGCAUUGAGGCCAGGGACUUGGGAACACCACCACUUACUGGCCGUGCAGAGGCUGUUGUUCGCUUGAUCGAUGUUAAUGAUAAUGACCCAGUAGUAAAAUUUCGUUUUUUACCUGCUUCAUCUCGCUAUGCCUCAGUGGAUGAGAAUGCCCAGGUUGGCACAGUGGUGGCGUUACUUACUGUCACUGACUCAGACUCCCCUGCCGCCAAUGGUAAUGUUACAGUUGCUAUCCUGGGUGGCAAUGAGCAGCGCCACUUUGAGGUACAAACGUCCAAGGUGCCCAACCUUAGUCUUAUCAAAGUGGCUAGUGCGCUGGAUCGUGAGCGCAUUCCUUCCUAUAAUUUGACUGUUAGUGUAUCAGAUCAGGGCCACCCUAGGCCAAGAUCCUCAGUGGCUAACCUUUUGAUUUAUGUAAAUGAUAUCAAUGACCACCCACCAGUCUUCCAAGAGCCUCAGAGCAAAGUGGAGAUAAGUGAGGACCUCCCACCUGGAUCCUACAUCUGUGGAGUUUCAGCUACCGAUGGGGAUACAGGCUUAAAUGCCAACCUCCGUUACGCUAUUGUAUCUGGAAAUAAAUUGGGAUGGUUCUCUAUUAGUGAACACAGUGGUUUGGUAACCAGUACCUCAACGUUAGACCGUGAAACAGCAGCUCAAUUGCUUCUCAAUAUCAGUGCAAGAGAUCAAGGGCCACAACCCAAAACUAGUUUUGCUACUCUUCUUGUUAGUCUUUUGGAUGUAAAUGACCAGAGGCCUACUUUCACCGGUCUCCAAGCUAGUGAUCAGCACUGGCUGGCCUUACCAGAAAACUCUCCCACUGGCACUGAACUGAUAACUUUAAAGGCUACAGAUGGUGAUCUUGGGAGCAAUGGCACCAUACGAUAUUAUUUUGAUUCGGAGAGCCCAAGCCAAUGUCAAGGAUUUUUCAGACUAGACCCUUUAUCUGGCCAACUUAGUACUCGAGCAGAGUUGGACAGGGAGCAGCAAGAGAAUUGCACCUUGGUGGUACUGGCUACUGACCUUGGAACCCCUCCACUGGCAUCCUCUGCCAAGAUCAAUGUUACCCUUUUGGAUGUUAAUGACAACAGUCCUGUGUUUUACCCGGUGCAGUACUUUGCCAACAUUCAAGAGAAUGAACCGCCUGCCAGUUUUGUUGUUUCUGUGACAGCAGCUGAUCCUGACAUGGGUGUAAAUGGCACGGUUAAAUACUCCAUCAGAGCAGGUGAUACCUCAAAGUUCCAGAUUAAUCCCGACACAGGAGCCAUUUCUACAAAAACUGCCCUAGACAGGGAAGAAAAAACAGCUUACCAAUUGAAAAUUGUAGCAACUGAUGGUGGAGGCCUACAAUCGCACAACCAUGCCAUAGUUACUAUCACUGUUUUGGAUACCCAAGACAAUCCACCAUUGUUUACCCAGGACACAUACAAUUUUGUUAUGUUUGAAAAUGUGGCAACAGGAUACAAUGUUGGGACUGUCACAGCAACUACUAUGGAUCUGAAUACUAAUAUAACUUACCUGAUAAUCACAGGGGACCAAAAAGGAGUGUUUACUAUCGACAAGACCACAGGACUAAUUAUGACUGCUGGUGUUAUAGACAGAGAAGACCAGAGUUUUUACCAUUUGAAAAUUGUAGCCAGUGGUGGGGCAGUGACUGGGGAAGCAAUUGUUAAUAUCACCGUGAAAGACUUGAAUGAUAACUCUCCCCACUUUCUACAUGCAGUAGAAAGUUUGAAUGUGGUAGAAAAUUGGAAAGCGGGUCACAUUAUAUUUCAGGCUAAAGCUGUGGAUCCAGAUGAAGGAGUAAAUGGCAAGGUUACUUAUAGCUUGAAACAGAACCCUCUAGGCUUGUUUCAUGUAGAUUCUAUUAGUGGUGCUGUGAGUAUAACUGGAGCCCUAGAUGUCAGUGCUGGGUCAUACCAAGUAGAGAUUCUAGCAUCAGACAUGGGGGUUCCACAGCUCACAUCCAGCUUUAUACUAACUGUUUCUGUGCACGAUGUCAAUGACAACCCUCCCAUCUUUGACCAGAUUUCAUAUGAAGUGACCCUCUUAGAGUCAGAGCCAGUUAACUCAAGAUUUUUUAAACUACAUGCUUCUGACAAAGAUUCUGGAGCAAAUGGGGAAAUCACCUAUCAUAUCAAAGAUGGAAAUGUGGGAGAGGCUUUUGGAAUAUUCCCAGAUGGGCAGCUGUAUGUAAAAAGUGAACUUGACCGAGAAGUUAAAGAUGUUUAUGUUUUGCUUGUAACAGCUUCUGAUAGAGCCGUUGAGCCUCUAAGUGCCACUGUAAAUGUCACAAUAUUACUUGAGGAUGUCAACGAUAACAAGCCACUGUUCAACAGCACUAAUUAUGUAUUCUAUUUUGAAGAGGAACAAAAAGGAGGCUCGUUUGUUGGUAAAGUCUUUGCCAUGGAUAGAGAUUUUGGUUCUAAUGGUAAUGUCAUGUAUUCUUUUGAGACUAUGCAACCUGACUUUGAAUUAAAUACAAUUACAGGUGACAUCACUAGUACUCAUCAGUUUGACAGGGAGGCUCUCAUGAGGCAAAGGGGAGCAGCAGCCUUUACACUUAAAGUGGCCUCUACUGAUUUAGGCUUACCCAAGCCUCUUAAAGACCAAGCUACUGUGCAGAUUUUUAUAAGGGACAUCAAUGACAAUGCUCCAAAAUUCUCCAAAGAUCUAUAUCAAGCCAGCAUAUCAGAACUAGCAACAAACAUGACCCAGGUGUUAAGGGUUUCUUCUUCUGAUAUAGAUGAGGGAAAUAAUGGUUUGAUUACUUAUUCUAUCAUGAAAGGGAAUGAAGAGAAUCGCUUUUCAAUUGACAGCAGCACAGGCCAGGUGACAUUGGUGGGGAAGUUGGACCAUGAAGCCACAGCCACCUAUUCUCUUAUCAUCCAAUCUGUGGACUCUGGGGCAAUCCCUUUAAGUUCAACAUGCACAUUAAGUAUUGAUGUACUCGAUGAGAAUGAUAACAUGCCUUCCUUUCCCAGGACAGCUCUAUUUGUGGAUGUUUUGGAAAAUAUGAGAGUUGGGGAACUGGUGGCCUCGGUUGCAGCCACAGACUCUGAUUCUGGCGAUAAUGCUGACAUUCAUUAUAGCAUUACAGGAACUAAUAACCAUGGGACUUUUAGCAUCAGUCCCAACACAGGGAGCAUCUUUUUGGCCAAAAAGCUGGACUUUGAAACACAGGCACUGUUUAAAUUAAAUAUCACAGCUAAGGAUAAUGGCAGACCACCUCGCUCAUCUACUAUGUCUGUUGUCAUACAGGUGAGAGAUUUUAAUGACAAUCCACCCAGCUUCCCUGAAGGAGACAUCUUCAAGUCAGUAGCAGAGAAUAUCCCUAUUGGUACAUCAAUUCUAGCUAUAAGUGCCACUGAUCCUGAUGCAGACAUUAAUGGUCAGUUAAGCUAUACUAUCAUCCAGCAAAAACCACGAGGUAACCAUUUUGUCAUUGAUGAGAUUCGUGGCACAAUUUAUACCAAUGCAGAAAUUGACCGUGAGUUUUCCAAUCUAUUUGAACUGACUGUCAGGGCCAGUGACCAGGCAGUGCCCGUGGAGACCAGGAAAUAUGCCCUAAAAAAUGUCACUAUUUUAGUGAACGAUCUAAAUGACAAUGUCCCUAUAUUUGUGUCUCAAAAUGCUUUUGCUGCAGAUCCUUCCCUGGUUAUAGGAUCCGUGCUCACUACAGUCACAGCUUAUGACCCAGAUGAGGGUCCUAAUGGGGAUAUAGAAUAUGAAAUUAUUAACGGGGACACCGAAACCUUUAUCGUGGAUCGUUAUAGUGGUGACCUAAGGGUAGCUUCUCCCAUGGUACCAUCCCAUCUCAUAUACAAUUUAAUUUUGGCUGCUACCGAUUUAGGAUCUGAGAGGAGAAGAACCACAGCGGAACUGACCAUUAUUCUUCAAGGAACUGAUGGACCAGUUUUUUCCCAGCCAAAGUAUAUAACAAUUUUAAAAGAGGGAGAGCCUGUCGGAACAAAUGUGAUAUCUAUUGAGGCAUCUAGUACUCGAGGCACAAAGACUGAAGUGGAAUACUUCAUUGUAUCAGUGAAGUGUGAAGGAAAAACUGUUGGACGUCUGUUCACUAUAGGACGCCUUACAGGUGACAUCCAGACUGCAGCAGUUCUGGACCGGGAACGUGGAGCACGUCUCUACCAGCUGGAUGUGUACGCCAUUGAGAAAGAAACCAGUUUUCCCAGAACCCAGAGGGCAGAGGUGGAGAUAACACUGCAGGAUAUAAAUGACAACCCACCAGUAUUCCCAACAGAUAUACUUGAUCUCACCAUAGAAGAGAAUAUUGGAGAUGGAUUUAAAAUAAUGCAGUUAACAGCUACAGAUGCUGAUGAGGGUGCUAAUGCCUUAGUAACAUACACUAUUAUCAGUGGUGCUGACGACAGUUUCCGCAUUGACCCAGAGUCUGGAGAUCUGAUUGCCACCAGGCGCCUAGACAGAGAGCGUCGUUCCAAGUAUUCCCUCCUGGUUAGGGCUGAUGAUGGCCUCCAAUCCUCAGAUAUGAGAAUAAAUAUUACAAUAAGUGAUGUCAACGAUCACAUACCCAAGUUCACCAGAUCUGUUUACUCAUUUGAUGUGACAGAAGACACUAUGCCAGGCUCUAUUGUAGCUGCAAUCCUGGCCACAGAUGAUGACUCUGGAAUUAACGGAGAGAUCACAUAUACUGUUAAUGAUGACGAUGAAGAUGGCAUGUUCUUCCUGAACCCUGUAACUGGAGUUUUUAAUGUCACCCGUGCACUAGAUUACGAAAUACAGCAGUAUUAUAUACUAACAGUGUGUGCUGCAGAUGGAGGAGGUCAGUCCUCAUGUGUCAGGGUCUAUUUCAACAUUCUGGAUAUCAAUGACAACCCUCCUAUCUUCAGUAUGAGCUCCUACAGCACUUCUGUAAUGGAGAAUUUGCCAUAUGGAUCAACAAUUCUUAUAUUCAAUGUGACCGAUGCAGAUGAAGGGUUGAAUUCAAAACUCUCCUACAGCAUAUCUUCUGGAGAUAGCAUGGGUCAGUUUCAGAUUAACAAAGAUGGAGCCUUAAAGCUAAUAAAGUCAUUGGACAGGGAAAGCCAGUCAUUCUAUAAUCUUGUGGUUCAAGUUCAUGAUAUGGCACCUCCACCAGCAUCUAGAUACACAAGUUCAGUGGAAGUAUCAAUAAUUUUACUAGAUGUCAAUGACAACCCACCAAGUUUCAUCUCUCCAAAACUGACUUAUAUCCAAGAGAACACUCCUACAGACACUAUUGUUUUUCGGGCACAAGCCACAGAUCCUGACAGUGGACCAAAUUGUUAUAUUCAGUAUUCAUUACUUAGUUCACUGGGAAAUAAAUUUAGCAUUGGGAAUAUUGAUGGAGAGGUGCAUCUGACAGGUGAGCUGGAUCGAGAAGAUGUUUCCAACUAUACCUUAACAAUCAUUGCUACCGAUAAAGGGGAACCACCAGUUUCCUCAUCUGUGGAUGUCACAGUUAUGGUGCUUGAUGUCAAUGACAACAACCCUCGCUUCUCACAAAGUGCUUUUAAAGUUGAAAUAAGUGAAGAUACCCUAACUGGAACAGAUCUUAUCCAGGUGGUGGCAUCAGAUGCAGAUGAAGGAUUAAAUGGAAUGGUUCGUUACAGUAUCAUAGAAGGAAAUCCAAACAAUGACUUUAGGAUUGAUUCAGUUACUGGAGUAAUCUCAAUAGCUAAACCUUUGGACCGUGAAAAGAGGUCUUCAUACUCGUUGGUUGUCCAGUCGUCAGAUCGUGGAAGCAAUUCACGGACAGACACAGCAACCGUUAGCAUUAUUCUAACUGAUGUUAACGAUGUGGUUCCUAAAUUUGAAUUAUCCCCCUAUUCAGUUAAUGUUCCUGAAAAUUUGGAGACCUUGCCAAAAGUUAUUCUUCAGGUUGUAGCUAGAGAUGACGAUCAAGGGCUAAAUGGAAAAUUGACAUAUGCACUAGCUUCUGGCAAUGAUGAUCGGGCCUUCAGACUAUCAGCAAAUGGACAGCUUAGCAUAGUAAAAAGUCUGGACCGAGAAGUGAAAGAGCAGUAUAUAUUACUGAUCACAGCAGCAGAUUCAGGGUCUCCAGCUCUUACAGGAACUGGUACUAUUACCAUAAAUGUAGAUGAUGUAAAUGACAAUAAACCAGCAUUUGCCUUAAAUCAGCAUUUUAUAAGUAUCUCGGAAGAUGCACCUACUGGAACAGAUAUAUUACUGCUUAAUUGCUCAGAUCCUGAUGCUGGCCUGAAUGGUGUUGUUCGAUACAGCCUGGUUGGUGGGAAUUCUCAGUUCACAAUUAACCCCUCUACCGGACAGAUAAUAAGCAGUUCGUUGUUAGAUAGGGAGAUGAAGGACAACUAUACGCUGCUCAUUAUGGCUACUGAUGGAGGAUCACCAAGCUUAUCAAGUUCAACAAGCGUGACAGUUAGCAUUCUUGAUGUAAAUGACAACCCGCCAAGAUUUUUACAUCACCCAUACGUCACCCAUAUUCCAUCACCAGCAUCUGCAGACUCAUUUGUGUUUGCUGUGACAGUUACUGAUGAAGAUAUUGGAUCCAAUUCAGAGCUUCACUUUUCUUUGAAAGGUCGACAUGCAGACAAAUUUCACAUAGACCCUCUGCGUGGUGCUAUAAGAACAGCAGAGCCACUCGAGGGGGCUUCCGAGAUCACAUUUUCUGUUCAAGUUAAAGACAGUGGAGUUAAUUCAAAGUCAGAUUCUACCACAGUGACCGUAAGGUUUGCUAACAAAGCUGACUUCCCACAAAUAAGAGCAGAUCAAAAGGUCUUUGCAUUUCCUGAGAAUCAAGAAGUAGGAACAUUGGUAACCACCAUUUUUGGAUCAUCAACAAGGGAUGGAACAUUAUCUUUUUAUAUCUCCAGUGGUAAUUUUGGCAAUACAUUUCAUAUUGAUGAACUAAAUGGGCAGCUUUACAUCAAGAACCCAUUAGAUUAUGAAACUAUAUCAAAAUACGUUCUGUGGAUUGAAGCCAGAGACAUGGGUUUUCCUCCAUUCUCCUCCUACCAAAAGAUAGAAAUAAAUGUUUUAGAUAUCAACGACAAUAUGCCACAAUUCAAACAAGACCCAUUUGUAGCAGAAAUUAUAGAGAACCUUUCUCCACGCAAAAUACUUACAGUUACUGCAAAGGAUGAGGACAGUGGAUCAAAUGGCCAAGUGGACUAUGUUAUAGUUGAUGGGAACAGAGAUAAUUUAUUUAGUAUAAAUAGAGUCAGUGGGGAGAUUAGAAGCACAAGGAUGUUGGAUCGUGAAAAAGUUUCCCAACAUAUUUUAACCAUCAGAGCAUCUGACAAAGGGAAUCCUCCGCAGAGCUCAGUAGUGAAAGUUGUCAUCAACGUUUUAGAUGACAAUGAUAAUGCUCCACGAUUUUCUCAGAUCUUUAGCGCUUCUGUUCCAGAGAAUGCAGCUUUGGGCUAUGUGGUUACCCAGGUUACAACCUCAGAUGAAGACUCUGGUGCAAAUGCAGUCAGCAGAUAUACAAUCGCAGAUACUAGUCUGCCUUUCCAUAUUAACCCUAGUACCGGUGUGAUUACAGUAAGCAGACCAAUAAACAGGGAAGAUAACGAUCGCUAUAUUGUUAGAGUUUCUGCUCAUGAUUCAGGAUGGACUGUAAGCACAGAUGUGACCAUAUUUGUGACCGAUGUCAAUGACAAUGCUCCACGAUUUAGUAAGCCAUCAUAUUACUUAAACUUUCCGGAAACCACUGAGCCUGGAACCAAGAUUACCCAGGUUUUGGCAUCUGACCCAGAUGAAGGUCUUAACGGUCAAGUAUAUUUUUUUAUUAAAUCUCAGUCUGAGUUUUUCCGGAUUAAUGCAACUACUGGAGACAUUUUCAAUAAGCAACACCUAAAGUAUCAGAACCCCAGCACCUCUGGUAACAUUAAUAUCAACAGGCACAGUUUUAUAGUCAGUGCUUCUGAUCGAGGUAGCCCUCCUCUUAUGAGUGAAACAACUAUAUCAAUAAACAUUGUUGACAGCAAUGACAAUCCUCCUAGAUUUUUUCAGAGUAAAUACUUUAGUCCUGUUGCCAAAAAUGCAAAAAUCGGUACAAAAUUAAUUAAGGUUACAGCCACUGAUGAAAUAGAUUUUGGACUCAAUUCUCAAGUGGAAUAUUCAGCUGAAAACCUUGGUGGAAAGUUUCAUAUCAAUAAAGAAUCUGGCUGGAUUAGUGUGGCAGCCUCUUUAAUGAUGGACUUAAAUAAAAACUUUUUGAUUAAAGUUACAGCAAAGGACAAAGGCAGUCCUCCACUUUCCUCCCAAGUAAUAGUUAACAUUACUGUGACUGAGGAAAACUAUCAUACACCAGAAUUCUCACAAAGCCACAUAAGCAUUACUGUCCUGGAAAGUUUUACAGUUGGAGCAGUUAUCAGGGCUGUGUCAGCAAGGGACAGGGAUACAUCUAUGAAUGGAGUGAUCACAUAUAACAUAACAGCAGGAAAUGAAUUUGGUCUCUUUGCUAUAAACACGUCCACAGGUGCAUUAUCUUUGUCCAGAAACCUGGACUAUGAAGUAUGCCAAAAACAUGACUUAACCAUAAGUGCUGUUGAUGGAGGAUGGGUCGCUAAAGCAGGUUACUGUGUUGUAACAGUGCAUGUUAAAGAUGUGAAUGACAAUCCUCCUGUUUUUCAAGCAGAUGAAUACUUGCCCAGUGUCACAGAAAAUGCACCUAGUGGAACUAUGGUUAUGCGUUUGAAUGCAACUGAUGCAGACUCUGCCCCUAAUGCAGUAAUAGCAUAUUCAAUUCAGUCAUCAGACAGUGACCUUUUUGUGAUUGAUCCAAACACUGGUGUGAUAACCACUCAAGGAUUUCUUGAUUAUGAAACAAAACAGAGUUACCACUUGACCAUUAAAGCUUUCAAUGUUCCUGAUGAAGAGCGCUGCAGUUUUGUGACAGUGAGUGUUCAACUAGAAGGCACAAAUGAAUAUGUACCUCGAUUUGUUUCAAAAAUGUAUUAUUUUGAGGUUUCUGAAGCUGCCCCUCAAGGAACUGUAGUUGGGGAAGUGUUUGCUAGUGACCGCGAUCUAGGCAUUGAUGGAGAAGUUCAUUACUUAAUCUUUGGCAGUAGCAGGAAAAAGGGAUUCCGGAUAGAAAAUAAGACAGGAAAAUUGUAUGUAUCUGGCCUUCUGGACAGAGAGAAAGAGGAACGGAUUUCAUUAAAAGUCCUGGCUAAAAAUAUUGGCAGCAUUCGUGGAGCUGAUAUUGAUGAAGUCAAUGUGAAUAUCACUGUGCUUGAUGCUAAUGAUCCCCCUGUCUUCAGCUUGAAAUUGUAUAAUGUACAAAUUAGCGAAGGUGUACCUCCAGGAACACAUGUCACAUUUGUAAGUGCCUAUGACUCUGAUUCAGUUCCUAGCUGGAACAGGUUUUCCUACUUUAUUGGCUCUGGGAAUGACAAGGGUUCAUUUUCAAUUAACCCUCAAACUGGCCAGGUUACAGUUACUACUGAACUAGAUCGGGAAAUCACACCUAUCUAUAAUCUUACUGUGCUAGCCAUUGAUUCUGGAACACCCUCUGCAACAGGAAGUGCAACUUUAUUAGUAUCUUUGGAAGACAUUAAUGACAAUGGACCAACUUUAAUCAACACUCAAGGAGAAGUUAAAGAAAACCAUAGAUCGGGAACUCAUGUUAUGACACUACAGUCCACAGACUUGGACCUUCCUCCAAAUCAAGGUCCAUUUAAUUAUUAUCUACUGAGUACUGGCCCAGCAACUAGUUAUUUCAGUCUUAGCCCUGGGGGAGUCCUUACUACAACCAGAGAAAUUGACAGGGAACAAAUCAAUGAGUUUUUCCUAUCUAUUGUCACAAGAGAUUCUGGUUUUCCACAAAUGUCUUCCACAGGUACCGUGCAUGUUAAAGUAAUUGAUCAGAAUGACAACCCAUCUGAAUCAAGGACGGUUGAGAUAUUUGUUCAUUAUUAUGGAAACCUCUUUCCUGGUGGCAGUUUAGGUAGCGUCAAACCUCAAGACCCAGAUGUUCUAGAUAGUUUCCAGUGUGCACUAACAUCAGGCAUUACAAGUCUCUUUAAUAUCCCUGCAGACAGUUGUGACCUCCACUCACAGUCAAGAUCUACUGAUGGAACAUUUGACCUUUUAGUUCACAGCAGUGAUGGCUUACACAGUGCAGUCACAAACAAUGUCCGAAUUUUCUUUACUGGAUUUAGUAAUGCCACAAUUGACAACAGUAUUCUGCUACGUAUAAACAUUCCAACUGUUAAAGACUUUUUAACCAAUAAUUAUUUGCACUUCUUGCGCAUAGCUAGCUCUCAGCUUACUGGGCUAGGAACUGCAGUACAAAUCUAUGGAGUAUUUGAAAAAAAUAACAAAACAUAUGUCAUGACAGCUGUGAAAAGAAGUAACAAUCAUUAUGUUAACCCAAGUGGAGUAGGUACUUUUUUUGAGAGCAUAAAAGAAGUGUUAUUGCGACAAAGUGGUGUAUGGAUCGAAUCAGUAGAUCAUGAUUCUUGUGCACACAAUCCUUGUCACAAUGGAGGCAGCUGCAUGAGAAGACUUGCAGUGAGUCCAACAAUACAAGUGCUCGAAAGUAUUCCUGUAAGUUUAGUAGCCAAUGAGCCUUUACAAACCUUCAUAUGCAAAUGCAUGCCUGGGUAUGAGGGAAACCUAUGUGAAACUGACAUUGAUGAGUGUCUGCCUCUCCCAUGUCAUAAUGGUGGGACUUGCCACAACCUAGUUGGAGGAUUUACCUGCAGAUGUCCAGAUGGCUUUGCCGGAAUAGCUUGUGAGAGAGAUAUCAAUGAGUGCCUUUCUAGUCCAUGCAAAAAUAGUGGCAUUUGCCAGAACUUUCCAGGAGGCUUUAACUGUGUCUGCAAAACUGGUUCCACAGGUAAACUGUGUGAAUCUGCUAUAAAUUAUUGUGAAUGCAACCCUUGCUUUAAUGGGGGGUCCUGCCAAAGUGGAGUAGAUGGAUAUUAUUGUCAUUGUCCUUUUGGUGUCUUUGGAAAACAUUGUGAAUUAAAUAGUUAUGGAUUUGAGGAGCUUUCCUACAUGGAGUUUCCCAGUCUGGACCCCAACAAUAAUUAUAUUUAUAUAAAGUUUUCUACCAUUAAACCCAAUGCAUUACUGCUGUACAGUUAUGAUAACCAGACGGGCGAAACAGCAGAAUUUCUUGCUUUGGAGAUUGUAGAAGAGAGGAUGAGGUUUUCGUAUAACUUGGGAAGUGGAACAUACAAGCUAACCACAAUGAAGAAAGUCUCAGAUGGACAUUUUCAUACAGUGAUUGCACGCAGAGCUGGAAAGGCGGCGUCACUGACAGUUGACACUUGCUCCGAGGACCAGGAACCGGGAUUUUGUACCGUCAGUACCACGGCUGUUUCCAGUGACUGGACUCUGGAUGUUCAGCCAAACAGAAUAACAGUAGGAGGUAUCAGAUCCCUGGAACCAAUACUACAAAGGAAAGGACAAGUACAAAGCCAUGACUUUGUAGGUUGUAUAAUGGAAUUUGCAGUGAAUGGGCGUCCUCUAGAACCCAGCCAAGCUUUGUCAGCACAAGGAAUUCUAGAUAGGUGUCCAAGAUUAGAAGGAGCCUGUACUACGAGUUCUUGCCAAAAUGGAGGAACCUGUGUCGAUAAUUGGUUCUGGCAACAGUGUAACUGUAAAGAUGGCUUUACUGGAAAGUACUGUGAAAAGUAUAUGACUGCAGACACCGCCCUAUCACUCGAAGGCAGAGGUUACCUUGAAUAUGCCAUCAGCCAAAACAAGAAACGUGAAUAUCUUUUACAGCAUCGUAGUGUGGAUACUGAAUCAACAUACCCCAAUCACCUAGAGAUAAAAUUCCGAACAAGAAGUGAAAAUGGGCUUUUACUUCAAAUUCACGAAAUCAGCAAUUACACAGCUGUAAAGUUAAAAAAUGGAAAACUCCAUUACACAUCAGAUGCUGGUAUUGCAGGAAAAGUAGAGCGAAAUAUCCCAGAGAUGUAUGUGGCUGAUGGUCGCUGGCAUACUCUUCUUAUGGAGAAAAAUGGAUCCACUACUAGUUUGUCAUUAGACCAUGCACACAGCCGAGAUGUUCAUCAUGCCACUCAAGAUUUCGGAGGUUUUAAUGUUCUUACAGUUCAGAUCGGAGGAAUACUACCUGGGCAGACAUCUCAAAGCACCCAGAAUGGUUUUGAUGGCUGCAUUGCUUACGUGAAGUAUAACCAUGAAAAUCUACCAUUCAGCGGCAAACAUGACAUGGUUCGCAUAUCUAAAUCAGAAUCAUCAGCUAAACUAGGAUGCAGAGGUCCUAACAUUUGUGCCAGUAACCCAUGCUGGGGGGACUUAAUGUGCAUUAAUCAGUGGCAUGCAUACACCUGUGUACCACCUGGAGACUGCUCCUCAAGCCCUUGCCAAAAUGGAGGAAGCUGUGAACCUCAUACCCAGUCAGGAUUUACUUGCAUUUGUCCUGAUACACAUACAGGAAAACUUUGUGAAACUGUUGUAGCUUGUCUUGGUGUCAUUUGCCCUCAGGGUAACAUAUGCAAAAGUGGAUUACAUGGGGGACACGUAUGUACUCUUGUCGCACAAACUGAGCAUCUGUCUCUACCGCUUUGGGCAGUUCCAGCAAUUGUUGGAAGCUGCGCUACAAUUCUUGCUCUGUUGGUCCUUAGUUUGAUUCUGUGUAAUCAGUGUAGAGCAAGGAAAAAUAAAGUGCCAAAAGAAGAGAAGAAACCCAAAGAAAAGAAGAAAAAGGGAAGCGAAAAUGUUGCUUUUGAUGAUCCUGACAAUAUUCCACCAUAUGGUGAUGACAUGACUAUUAGAAAGCAACCUGAAGGAAACCCUAAGCCAGAUAUAAUUGAAAGGGAAAAUCCAUACCUAAUAUAUGAUGAGACAGACUUACCACACAGCACAGAAAUAAUACCUAGUGCACCUUUGGCCAUGCCUGAAACAGAAAUAGAGCACUAUGACAUUGACAAUGCCAGCAGUAUUGCUCCUUCCGAUGCAGAUAUAAUUCAGCACUAUAAGCAGUUUCGAAGCCACACUCCUAAAUUCUCAAUUCAAAGGCAUAGUCCUCUUGGUUUUGCCAGACAAUCUCCACUACCUUUGGGAGCAAGCAGUUUAACCUAUCAACCAUCCUAUAGCCAGGGCCUUAGAACAGCAACACUUGGACAUUCAGGCUGUCCACCACCUAACCCCUUAUCUCGUCAUAGUCCUGCACCAUUUUCAAAAUCAUCAACAUUUUACCGAAGUAGCCCAGCACGGGAACUUCAUCUUUCAUCUUUGGAAAUGCAUAAUGAUGUUUGCCAGCCUGGUAUUUUUAAUUAUGCAACCCGACUUGGUAGAAGAAGCAAAAGUCCUCAGACCAUGGCGGGACAUGGCUCCAGACCAGGAAGUCGCCUUAAACAACCUAUAGGGCAGAUUCCUAUGGAGAGUGGACCCCCUGUUGGUCUUUCAAUAGAGGAGGUGGAGAGACUCAACACUCCAAGACCAAGAAACCCAAGCAUCUGUAGUGCAGAUCAUGGGAGAUCUUCAUCAGAGGAGGACUGCCAAAGGCCCCUAUCCAGAGUAAGGAAUCCAGCAGAUGGAAUUCCAGCUCCAGAAUCAUCAUCUGAUAGUGAUUCACAUGAGUCUUUUACAUGCUCAGAAAUGGAAUAUGACAGAGACAAACCUAUGGUGUACACAUCAAGAAUGCCAAAACUGACUCAAGUCAAUGAGUCAGAUGCAGAUGAUGAAGACAAUUAUGGUGCUAGAAUAAAGCCGCGGAGAUAUCAAGGCCGCAGAGGCGAAGGUGGGCCUUCCGGUGCCCAGUCACCAACAGCCACUCUACCGGCAGACAGUACAUUGCCCAUGAAGCUAAGUCAGCAAGCUGGUAAUUUCAACUGGGACAAUCUCUUGAACUGGGGUCCUGGUUUUGGACAUUAUGUAGAUGUUUUUAAGGAUCUGGCAUCACUUCCAGAGAAAGCAUCAGCAAAUGAAGAGGCAAGAGCAAACACCUCUAAGACAGUUUCCAAAGAUGGAGAAACAGAACAAUACGUUUAGACAUGAUAUAGCUGGAUUGUCAAGAUGCACAAAACUUAUGACAGUCAAACAUUAUAUGUUUGUUUACAAGUAAGCGUCUCCAUUUCAAGAACUGGCCAGUGGACAUUCUUUAUUUAAGACAACUUUAAAAUAAUAAUGUUUUUUGCUGCUGGAAAGGACAGAGAUGUAUUUAAAGCAAUUGUGUUCUGUACUGUAUUCCUUGCAUGUAUAACACUACACAGCCUGACUUCCAGCAUGCGCAAAGUUAAGUAGAAUCCUUCUUUAAUCUGGUUCGUUGUGAUCUUUUUCAGUGUUGUAACUGUAAUGUUAUGUUUCUCAAUUAUGUUUGUAAGCCAGAUGUAGUUUAUUAAUUUUGGAACAAUUUCUCUGCAGAAAUAGUGAUGUUUGAGAAAAAAAGAUGCUGCCUCUGGAAAA